AUGAAUACCUAUCAACCGUUGUCGCCGCCAACUCAUGCCCACCCGCCGCCGCCGCAACCUCAAGCUCAAUCCGUCUUCCGCCCCCGCCGAUCCGAUGAUUGGCACGAAUAUCGCGAAAUUAUUGAGCAGCUCUACCGAAAUGAUCAGUUGAAGCUUCGGGAUGUCAAACGAAUCAUGGAAAGAGAUUAUAAGUUCUUCGCAUCAGAAAAGCAGUACAAAGAUCGCCUCGCCGCAUGGCAUGUUCGCAAAAACAUCAAGGCAAAGGAAGUCCAUUUGAUGCUUCGCAAGCAGCAGAAGCGCGCCGCCCAAGGCAAACAGACGGCUUUCCGCGUCAAUGGCCAGAAUGUCGACCCCAAGCGAAUCGCCCGCUUCGUGCGUCGCUAUGGCACUUCUUGGGAUAGCACGCGAGGAAAGGAGCAGGAGACUGAGCCCCAGAGUCCUGAGCCCCAAACCCCCUCCGACAUGACCUGCUACACCCCAGAACCAGCAGACGAAAACAGCGUGACAACACCCAUCUCCCCACUAGAGAUCCAUUCGCCCCGCGAGAUGUCGUCCUUCCCCCUCAAUCCUUACGGUAAAUCCACGGGUUCGAUGAGUAUGCGUAUCCCUGAUAUUGAUGGUCGCUAUCUCACUCUAGACCCAAACCACCUCGAAAGCCUCCCGGACCUCAUCAUAGACGAGGACCCGAAUAUGCCUCUGGCCAUGCACUCUAACCGCAACAACUACCACUCAUUAGGGAAUGGCGGCCAUUCCCAUGCUCAUGCGCAUUCUCACGCUCAACCUCUUCCAAACCCAGUCCAAGCUAAUGCUACGGUCCAUGCCAUCUCGCAUGCUGUCCCGCAACCGCAUCCUCACGCUCAUGCUCAUGCUCAUCAUGCUUAUGUUAAUCAUGCUCAUGCACAUGCCCAUGCGCAUACAGGGCACACACAGAGGGAGCUGGAUGCGUCGGCGGAUGGUGACGUUCACCCGCCUGAUUGGAAUACUGUCGAGUCGUUCCAACAUAGACUGCGUGGGCUGGAUGAUACUCUGGCACAGUCGAUGUCGAAGUGGGCGAGAGAACAUGAUCCUACUCAGGGGGAUCCUCGCCAUGAAGGAUUGGGAAUGUGA